AGCAUUUAUCUUUGGAGGGGUUAGGGAGGGGGGAACUGGCCUUUUAUUUCCCCCCUGGGGCCCACACUGCAGUGGUGUUCCCUCCACCAGUGAGGGUGAUCCCCCCGGCACUGUGUGGUGCUGGUGAUCAAACUGGGCAAGCACCUAAACCCCAUACUCUCUGUCCCCCGCACCCCCGUGUGUAUAUAUUGAAAAAGAAAGAGGAAGAGGAAGGUCCUGAUAGUCACUUUCCUUUGAAGCAUGUAGGGCUCACAGAUGCCAACCCUACUCCAAUCCGGAGGCACAAUUGUUCUCCCAGGAACUGAGAAACUCAGGGCACUGGCCCUGCUGCCUCCAAACUUGGGGAACGGCAUGCCAUAAAGCCAGGGUGAGCUUGGGGCGCCCUGAGGCACUGAGUCCACCUUUCUAAGACCACACAGCCGAGGGUUGAAAGGGUGGACUAUCUUCUUGGUCUGUGGGAACCACGGCUACCAGAACGCAAGCGACCCACUCUCCAUUGGGCCACAGUCCCGUUGCCCCACUUCCACGGCCUUCUCGCCUCUCCCUAAAUUCAGAGACGGCUGCCCCGAUAGCGCGGGGUUAAGGAAUCUGGGAACCUCUCAGCAGGGCCGGGACAGCGCCGCUGAAGCUACAACACAAAGACGCGCGUUGGCGGUACUCGCCGCUUCCUGGCAGUGGCAGGAUAGCUACAAGCUCUGAGACGCGCUCCGCCCCGGUCCCUCCACGGCCCCCGCGGACCUUAGUCCCGCCUGAGAGAUUGUCCAAUCCGGAGCUGGCAUUCAGGCCCCGCCUCCGUGCCAGUGACAUCACAUCCGGUCCACCGCCGGAAGUCGCGCUUUGUAACCGAAUUUGAAGUGAGCCGAGCGGCAAAAGCCGGGUUUCUGGGGCUCUUAGAGCCCCGUCACUAUGCCUAUCCGUGCGCUCUGCACCAUAUGCUCCGAUUUCUUCGACCAUUCCCGCGAUGUGGCCGCCAUUCACUGCGGCCACACCUUCCACCUGCAGUGCCUCUUCCAGUGGUUCGAGACAGCGCCAAGUCGGACUUGCCCUCAGUGCCGAAUCCAGGUUGGCAAAAAAUCUAUUAUCAACAAACUCUUCUUUGACCUUGCGCAGGAGGAGGAGACUGUCUUAGAUGCAGAGUUCUUAAAGAAUGAAUUGGAUAAUACCAGAGCCCAGCUUUCCCAGAAAGAGAAAGAGAAACGAGACUGCCAGGCCAUCAUCGACUCUCUGAGGGACAUGCUGGAAGAGCGCAAUGCCACCGUGGAUUCUCUGCAGCAGGCCUUAAACCAGGCUGAAAUGUUGUGCUCCACCCUCAAGAAGCAGAUGAAAUUCUUAGAGCAGCAGCAGGAUGAGACCAAACAAGCACGGGAGGAGGCCCGCCGACUCAGGAGCAAAAUGAAGACCAUGGAGCGGAUUGAGCUUCUACUCCAGAGCCAGCGGCCUGAGGUGGAGGAAAUGAUCCGAGACAUGGGAGUAGGACAGUCAGCGGUGGAGCAGCUGGCUGUGUACUGCGUGUCCCUUAAGAAAGAGUAUGAGAAUCUUAAAGAAUCACGGAAGACCUCGGGAGAGCUAACCGACAAGCUGAAGAAAGAUUUAUUUUCUUCUAAAAGCAAGUUGCAGGCAGCCUACUGUGAUCUGGACCAGGCCAAGUUGGAGCUUAAGUCAGCCCAGAAGGACUUACAGAGUGCUGACAAGGAAAUCACGAGCCUAAAAAAAAAGUUAACGAUGCUGCAGGAAACACUGAACCUCCCGCCAGCGGAUAGAGAGACUGUGGACCGCCUGGUUUUGGAAAGCAAUUCAGUUGAGGACAUUUCCAAGAAGAUGCCCAGUGAUGCCGUGCAGGAGUCCCCACUCUGCCUGAGCAGCCAGCAUCGCCUGCAAGAGCCAGCUGAGGAGCUGGCUAGUGCCUUCCCUGUCUUCAUCCGGAAUUCAGUCCUGGGCCGGAAACAACCCCUGAAGAAGAGAAUUGAGUCAAGUUGCAGCACAGAUGGGAUAAGGACAGGCUUCGAUGGAUUUGGAGGCCGGACAAAAUUCAUCCAGCCUAGUGACAGUCCUGUCAUCCGUUCACGUCCACUGCUCGUGAAGCCUAAGGCCAAGGCUAAGCCAAGAGUGAGGGCAAAGACAAUGCUCCCUUCCUCCCAGGCCAAGCUGGACACGUACCUGUGGUAAUAAGAACACUUGAGUCUCAUCAGUGGUCAGAUAAACCUCCAAUGUAAAGACUGAAGACUGGUCUUGGGGACAUGACCCCUCUUCCGGUACGGUACCAGCCCCAAGGGUGGACAAGAAGAUGAGAACGAGGCCCAGACAACCUUGCCUAAGGGAAAACGGGCCUACUGUGGGAGCCAGUGUGACCAGCGUACUACUCCUGCCAGCUAGGCAUGCUAAUAGAGGUCCCCCUUACAGUCAUGAUCAGACGUGGCUGGACUGUUUCUCAUUCUCCAGACCAGGGUCUUGACUGUAUUAAAGUGUUUGAGGCUUCCUGGGCAGCUGCAGCCUGUCUAGGCUUCCAUCUGCCCCUGAUUUGCUGCUAGGCAUGGCCUGUACCAAACAGU